CAUCCGUCCAUCAGUCAAGGCGCAGGUGACAGAAGCAAGGGGCAUCAGCACAGCACGCACCACAGCAACCGCAAUCAAUCAAACGCCCACGCAUGCCCACGCACCGCAACCGUUCCCCCCAAUAACUGUCCAGCUAGCUAGCCAACUGCCUCACACCCAGCAUCUCUGUCCGCACUCUGUGCGUCUGGUAUGAGGCCGCACCAAGUGCUCGUGGUGGUCGUGCUGAUCACCACGUGUGUCCUGAGUGCGACGUUGUGGACGACACUGCACUCGCGGCACCACCACGGAUCUUCAGCUGCCCACGACGACGCCCACGACGCCUUGCGGAGGAGAAGGGACAGCGUCACGCUUGACGUGGGCACCGAGCAACAGCCGCUCGCCGGGUCACCUAAUCAGCACCACCAGCACCACUUCUCAAACUUAACCAACAGCACUGCGGAGAUCCAAAUCCUAAACAAAGUCAACCAGAUGUACGAUGUCUUGCAGCAGCUGCUCACAAACCAGCAGCAGCAGCAGCAGCAGCAACAGCAACAACAGCGACAAGUGCCCAGCGCCGCACGGAACACCAGCAUGCACAGGGAAGCGAUACCGGCAUCACAGGCAAUGACAGCACGGACACAGCCCCGUUCCCGUAUCCUGGGCAGCAAGUUUGCGGCAUCUCUCGGGGAGAAUUUCACGGUGCUCUACAUCAGCCGAGACGUCGACGUUGUCCGACAGGGGCAGAUGGAAGAAGGUGUCGCUGGGCUGUGGGGCGCCAAGCGAAUCCCCGCUAUCGAUGGCACCCACCAGGAAAACGUUCUACAGCGCCUCGCCGGCACGCCACAGCAGGCGCAAGCGACGCUGCAGAACCUCGUGACAGACAAGCGCAAGCCCGCGAAGGUGCACUUGAAGGAGGCGGCCGUCUCCAUCUCACACCUCGACGCCCUGCACCAGAUUGCAGUCUCGGACCGCCCGUACGGCCUUGUCCUUGAAGACGACGUGACCAUCGACCUGCUCCCGUUCUGGACGCAGACGCUGCAGGCCUUUGUGCAGAAGAUGCCUGCCGACUGGAAGCUGGUGCGCCUGGCCAUGUCCGCCAAGGAGAGCGAGUGGAAGAAACUCUUCAAGCAGUGGCGGGGCGAGCUGGCCUUCGCGCCCAACUCAACGACCGUGUACGGCGCCAUCGCCUACCUCGUCCCGCGAACAUUCGCCCGGGACGUGAUGCGUAUGCCGUUUGUGCAGCUCGAUGCAGCCGCCCCGACGCAGCGGCCGCUCAAGGUGUGGCUGCAGAAGCUCCCGCGCUUCCCAUGCAUCGUCGCUGAUGAGUGCCUCCUGGACCGCAUCGCCGCCGGCCACAUGUACACGGCGACGCCGCCGCUGCUCAACAUCCCGGAGGGGCGGCUGGACCAGCCCGACAGCACCGUGCGCGGGCAUGUGAAGGACAUCCACCUCUACUCCCGGCUGCACUCGCUGGAUUGGGCGGCGCACAAGUUCCAGGAAUGCAUGGCUAAGGCACCCCACCAGCGCACCGUGCAGAGCUUGGACUGCGGACAACUUGACACACAUGUCAACAACAAGUGACAAUGCAUACAUGUGUUUAGGUGUUUAUCAUUACAUUUCGACUUUCUCUCUGACUUUACUCUGCUCUCUGCUUGAUUUGACAUGACCACCGUUGUUCUUUUGACGGACAGUGGGUGAUGUGUGUGCGUGUGUGUGUGUGGGGUAAGUAUUGUGCGAGCUCUUUGUGUGUGUGUGUGGUGGGGGGGGGUGUGGGUGUGUGUGUGUGGGUGUGGGUGUGGGUGUGGUGGGUGUGUGUUCUGCUGCUGCUUUCCGCUAAGAGAAUUCGUCAUGACUUGCUACACUUUCCACUGACCGCAACAACAACAACAGAGCCAACUGGCGCUCCCACAUUCACGUCACACCCACAACUCGCACACAGAUCAACAGUCGGGUCACAAGUGGAAGUAGAAGAGUAGAGAAG